AUGAACGCCACGCAGAACCUUGCUCUUUACUGUGCAUCGGCUAUCCUACCGGAUCUCCCGGCUGGUGAUUAUGCACCGCCCUUGCCAGAUACUAACGAACAAUCCGGGAGCAACAAGUAUACGUUGGCGGCGACCGUCGAGCCAUGGAGGAAACUGACCUACAUCAACAUGUGGCAGCAGGAGAAGUUCGACGAGGCCACGCAACAUGCGUUCGCAAAUACCAUGAACGUACCCACAUGGGAUCUCAGAGUCCCGGAGUUUGACCCUGAAACCCGCUCUAUCGCUACUAUGGCUGGGGGGAGACAGUUUGUCACUCCGCCAAAUCAUUUGCCGUUUCCGGAGGGCGUUCAGGGGAUCAGGGAAUGGGUCUAUCAUCUUCCGCUACGAACGGCCGAACGUGUGAUGAAUUUAGUAAACCGAAACGCUGAGAGCUGGUGUUUGGAUAUCAACCAAGCAAGCAUUCAAUUCUCCCAUUUAUAUGCAUCGUGCGCUUGGGGUCCACGAUUAGAACGAGUUACACCGGGGUCCACAAGCACCUCUCGCCAUGUUAUGCCCAACUUGCUGUUCAUUAUCCAGAGCCCCUGGCUAUUAAACUCCAAGGAUUUCAGGAUUUUUUGCGAACGAUCGAUGUACCGUCACUAUGCGAAGAAAGACCCCAAGACAGGCAAAGUCGAAGCUACCGAGCUCGAUUACGUCGAUAAGUUAUGGGCGUCAAUUUACGACGAUUGUGUAAGAGGCGGCACGCAUUACUUUAUCCUAACCACCUAUAAUGAAUGGGCAUUUGGCGCAUUCAGUAGAGGCUGGACGACAGCGUGGGUGACACCUCCCAAGCCCUACAACGCAGGUUCUCCCAGUGUCCCAGGCCCUACAGUCCUUCAGUCCAUCCUGUUUUGGAUGCAUUCGGCGAGACAAUUUUAUUUCGAUAGUUACGGUGUAACCAGAACUCCUUCACUUGAAGGACCAGGGCUCCCAACUCCCAUUACCCCUACCAGUAAACAUUCGCCCUCACCAUCUCUAACCUCUUCCGAGUCGGAGCUAGACCUGGACUCGGAGACGGACGACAAUACCUUGGACAAAGGGUGGCUUGACGAAAUGCGCACGAGUGUGCGGGAGAUCAAAAAUCUGAAAGGGGCUAGGAAGCUUGGGCGAACGACGAGUGGGUCCUGGGUUAUUCCGGAGAUCUGGGAGGAUAUGGAGCCUCCGAAAAUCCCACCAAAGCGAGCCGUAUAUGUGAUAGAAACUGACGACGAAUCUUCGGACCCCGCGCAAGAUGGAUGGUACCAUAAACGACGAAGAAUAACUAACGACCGACACGACACGACCAGACGACUGCCUACGCCAUCACGAUCCGUACGAGACCAACGAGGACUCACCAAUGGGACCUCUCCGCCUGAUAUCUCCUCUACUCAAGCUAACACCAGCGUUUCUAUUUCCACUACCGGGACUGACAAGACUCGAAUAUUUCCGGGAGGGUUCACCCCUAUCUCUGAUAGUGCCUCUGGUUGGUCACCUUGGUUCAACGAAAGUUCGUCUGUAAAGAUUUUCUGGAGCCGCGCGUUCAUGUCGGUUCGAUCGACUUUGGCAGAUGCGUUUUACCGAAUAUCACGUUUACGACAACAAGGGAGAAAGCUAUUUCCCGAGCCGGCUGAAGUUACUCCAGUCGCUACCACGAUGAUUCAACCGCCAUUGAUGCAACCAGUCGAGAGGACAGCCCGGUCGCCAGUCAACCGUUUACCGGCAUUCGACCUCACCGAUAGCUUUGAAGAAGUCGAAAUACGAGACGAGAACGAGCGUCCACCUGGUCCUAUCGUGCUGGCGCCACCGCCACAUUUGUCUCUACCUCAGACAACAGUUGCUAUCGGAGGUCAUACGAUAGAACUAACUCGACCGCGAAAACGGCCGCGACCACUGAGCACUAUUCGUCUCGACCAACCUACCAACCAAUCAUGGCCGCCUCCAAGGCAACCUUUCACGCCCCUGCUUGUUGAAGCUGGCUCAGAUAGCGAUGCGACAGAAAUCGAUCCUGACGCACAACGCCGCCCAGAGUACGGCUUCCGCGAUUCGUCCCCUUCUGUUCAUGUCAACGAUAUUUACGAGAUGUAG